AGGAUGAAGAACCUUCUUUUUGCUGUGGUUUUGGCUUGUGGGCUGCUGCCGGCUCACAGCAGCAUUUUGGAGCUGGAGCAGAUGAUCAGGUCAACCACGGGGAAAAGUGCUCUGAUCUCCUACAGCUGGUACGGGUGUUUCUGUGGCAUUGGGGGCAGAGGGAGCCCGGUGGACCCCACUGACCUGUGCUGCCAUGCCCAUGACUGCUGCUACAGGAAGCUGCGAGAGGGCCAUUGCAGACCCCUGAUCACCCCCUACCACUUCAACAUCGCUGAUGGAAACAUCAUCUGCAGUAAGGAGCAGAGCUGGUGCAAGAGAGAGACCUGCCUGUGUGACAAGGCAGUGGCUUCGUGCUUCUCCAGCACUUUGGAUUCCUACAACCCAUCCUACCGCUUCUAUUUCAGGCUGAAAUGCAGAGGCAGUAAGCUCCAGUGCUGAAGGAGAGAAACCUGCACCCAUGCUUGCAAAUACUGACUGGUU